AUGACAAAAACAAGAACAGAAUCUUCGAUUGAAACUCAAAUCGAAAAACUCCCUAAAAAAACAUAUCGAAGUCGUUCAAUAAUUCAAGAAUUUGGUUUAAAUACAUCAACACAUGGUAUUCCGGGUAUUGCACGAAGUACAAGUCAUCAUAAUCGCAUAUUUUGGUCAAUUUCCUUACUAAUAUUCGUUGGUAUAAUGCUCUAUUUCAUCAUUAAAUCAAUCAUUGCUUAUUUUCAAUAUCCAACACAAACAAGCAUUGAUAUUAUUGUUGAAUAUCCACAAGCAUUUCCAUCUGUUACUGUUUGUAAUUAUUCUCCAUAUGUUUAUUAUCGUUUUAUUGGUCCAUUUUUAAAUUAUACAAAUUCAAAUAAUUUAACCAAUACAACUGAUACAACAAAGUUCACUCGGCAAUUAGCUUCCUAUGUACCAAAUUUUCUUCUCUACAAUCUUCGACAAGAAAAUUCCAUUCAAAAUCUUGCUUAUCCACUUGAAACAAUGUUAAUGACUUGUAAUUACAAUGAUUUACCAUGUACUGUAGCCGAUUUUAUUUCAUUUACAUCACUUGGUUAUGGCAUGUGUUAUACAUUCAAUGCACAAACAGAAAACUCAACUAAUAGCAGUAUCAGAUACAGUUCGGAUAACGGAGGUUCGGGAAGACUUGCAUUAACAUUCUACAUUCAUCGACAUCAAUAUGUUCCCUAUGUCACUCAAAAUGUUGGUAUGAUGGCAAUGAUUCAUGAUAAUGAUCAAUUUCCAAUCAUAGCACCUGCUGGAUUUCAACUUGCGCCUGGAAAAAAUUAUAAAAUGAGUUAUAAAAAACGAACGAAUAUAUUUUUACCAUCACCUUAUACAUCCUGUGAAACUAAAGUUAGUCUUGCUAUGCAAGUAUUAUUUGAGCGAUAUCAAUCUAUAAAUUAUGCAUAUUCACAAACACUUUGUUAUACAAUUUGUAUGCAAACAUUUGUUUAUGAAAAAUGCGGUUGUGUUAGUCCAAAGAAUUGGGCAGCACGUUCUAUUGUAUUUCCUGGAACAGAUAAAAUCAUUAAUGCACCACUUUGUAAUUGGACAAAUAAUUGUCCUACAGGAGUAACCGUUGAAUUUUCUCAAUCAGCAUCAUUUCGAGAUACAAAAUGUCCAAAUUGUGGACCGGAAUGUUCAGCUAAUAACUUUCUGGUUAAAUUAUCAUCAUUAACAACACCUGUUGAAUCACAAUUCGAUAGUAUAAAAUCAUUUGUUGAAUCAACAUCGGUUCCAUUAGCAGCCAAUUGGUCAGAAGAUUGGCGAAAUGAACUUCCAAAGAAUUAUAUUUCAUUAGAAGUUGUUUGUGAAUCAACACAAACAGAAGUUUUGACUCAACAAGCAGCAAUAGGUGCAGUCGAUGUUAUCUCAAAUGUGGGUGGACAAACUGGUCUUUGGAUUGGAAUUAGUUUUCUUUCUCUAUUUGAAAUUAUUGAAAUGCUCUAUCGAUUAAUGCGUUCGCAGUGUCAUUUUCUACGAGAGAAAAUCAAAAAAAGGUCAAAACAAGAACAUACGGAUAUGGGACCAUAA